ACACACACACACACACACACACACUCAGUUACAGUCCACAUUUCAGUUUUUCCCUCCUCUUUGCAUCUUUUACCAUCACUCGCCUCCUUCCUCUCUCCUUCCAGGCUUUUUUCCUGUGGGGAUGAUGGGAGAUGCAGCUGGAUAACCCCCCACCCCACUGCCACCACACACACACACACACGUUCUCUCUCUGUCUCUCUCUCUGUCUAUCUGGCACUGAGCAGCGGUUAACAAAAGAGGAGAUCUCAUUUGGUUCCUGAACUAUUGCAGCGCUCAGUGCAGCCACACACACACACACACUGUCUUUCUCUCUCUCUCUCUCUCUCUCUCUCUCUCUCUCUCUCUCUCUCUCUCUCUCUCUCUCUCACACACACACAGGGUAAUUGGCGGGAGAAGAUCCUAACAGUCCUGGACCAGACUGGACUCACAUGUGCCAGCACUGACAGAGCAGUGCCCAAAGUAGAGGAGGAAGAAGAAGAAGAAGAAGAAGAAGAAGAAGAGGAGGGGAUACAAGCUGAGAAAGGAAAGAGAGAGCGGAGAGGAUAAGAGGAGCGUGUCUUUUUGUGUUUGUUGAAUUCCCUGGAUCGAGCCCACAGCUGACGAUGGAGAACACAUGAGGAAGAGAGAGAAAGCUGCGGGGACCCUCAGGUGAAACAUGCUCCUGAGUAAAGUUUGUGGAUAUUUCUAGAGGGAUUUUUCAGCCCUUGAACUUGGGUCAAGAAUCCGUGAGGAGGGUCGACUGUGCACAGAUUGCAAAGGGGGAAGUGCCUGCCCGUGGGACACCGGACAGAAGGGAUUUCCCAGCAACAUGGAGGCCACCAACCCUUCUUGCUUCCACCUUUUCCUCUUCUUCUUCUUCUCCCCCAUUAUAACACAGCCUGCCCUCACCCAGGACCCAUCCGUCACCACGAUGACAAUAACCAAGGGGGACCCGUUCAUCGCCCCAACCACGGUGGCCAACCAGACCACUCCUAGCUAUGUGGAGACAACUCAAAACACCCCUCUAGAGACGGGAUUGUCCACUCCCGCAAGUGGUGGAGACGCAGAUGAUGAGGAUGUCCCUCCAAACAGUGGGACCCGUUGCAUGGGCUACUACGACGUGAUGGGCCAGUGGGACCCGCCGUUCAACUGCAACGCCGGCGUCUUUCUUUACUGUUGCGGGACCUGCUUCUACCGCUUCUGCUGCCAGUUCCGCCAGCAGCGGCUGGACCAGAGAAUCUGCUCCAACUAUGACACGCCCAUCUGGGCCAACACCGGUAAGCCCGUGGCCACCAUCACCGAGGGCCAGGAGGACCAGGACCGGGACCGCACGCACCUCAUCGUCUACAUCAUCUGUGGAGUGGUGGCCAUCAUGGUGCUGGUGGGCAUCUUCACCAAACUGGGCCUGGAGAAGAGCCGCGGAGUAAGCGGAGGAGGAGGCGGAGCAGGGGCACAGCAUGCUGACCUCAACUCCAGGACACUGACCGACCUUCUGAAGCACCAUGGGGGCGAAGUGAGCUCGGUGGAAAACGCCACGGCCAGUUCACCCAAUGGAGGAAGAGCCAAUGGCAUCUCAGCCAGGAUGCUGCGCAGCAGGAGUGAGCAGUACCAUCUGAAUAACUCAGCUUAUGGGCCGUUUGGACAAGGGCUUCCACACCCGCAAAGCAACCACAGCACAGUGGGACUGAACAAAUACACUUCGCUCAAAGCUGUGGCUGACAGUGCAUCUCGUAGCUACUACAAGAGCUUCCCACUCAUGGACUUCUCUCAAUACCAACCUGUGGCGCCUCCUGCCUUCCAGCCUGUACCAGUUCCACCCAAAGAGAAGUCCUACAUCCAUCAGCCCCUGCCAGCACACCACAACCACCAUGCCCCGCUGUCCAUCUCCAUCCCCUCGAGCCAUCUGGAGCACUCGCACCUCCCAAAGACCACCACACACCCGCUCCUCUCCAGCUCGGCCUUCAAAGUCUGGGAGCCGCCUAGCCGCCAUGUCCACAGGCAGACGUCUGCCCCGGGGCGAACGUCCUCCAUGCACAGCUCCUCCCGAAGACAAGGCUACUCCACCCGGAGGCAGCAGAGCAUAGAGAACAUGUCGGAGCUCUUGGGUCAGCCCUAUGGAGGGAUGUAUGGAGGAGCUGCGGGGGGAGCAGAACAGGGGAUGCAGCAGCAUGUCCAGGGGCAACACCCAUCUCAACCCCCCUAUUACCACCAUACCAGGCAAAAGAGCUACUCCACCCACAGUACGACUGAGGUGACCGUUUGAGUGCCAACACCUCAGAGAGCGGCCUUCUGCAAUGUUACACCUACUAAUAAAAGGCUUUGGUGUUAGCUAAAUGCCAGAGUUUGGGAAAGUUGGCCCCAGCACGUAAGGGAUAUUGAACGGGAAGUCAAAAUCAGAUGUAGGAAAUUAAAGGGGAAACAGUGAGAUAAAGGGUGAAAACCGUGUAGUAGAACCACCACCUCAGGUAGUAAAGUGGAUUAUCGGACUCACAAGGGUCUUGUACAUUGAUCAUAUAAAGUAUAUAGAGUCUAUAUAAAUCUUCCAAGGUUGCUCCAAACCACUCAGGUUCCAGUAGGUCUGAAGACCUUCAUAGAUUCUCAACCAGUUUCAAGUCUCCAGUGUGGUUUCAGUGUGAUUGUACAGGCCUUGUAGGAAUAUGGAUAACAUAACAGAACAACAAAAAUCGUAUUAGCAUCAACUCAAUGUUUGGCUUUGUCUGUGAAGAGGUUUUACAUGUUUCAGGUCAGAUUUGGCAGGAAUAGAAACUUAGGAAAGAAACUCAUGGCUCAUUGUUAUGGUUUGGUUGGAAGAAAAUAUUCUAUAAUGAGCCUGAACCUGAAAAAGUGGGGGAUUGAUUCAAUGAGAUAUUCGCCGUAGAAACAUGCACCUAUUGUCAUUCAUUUGAUGUAAAUGUGGUUUGUAACAUUGUUACAAGUUGUGGUUCACGUGCAGAUCGAAUAGUUAGAACUCAGGAAGGUAUAAUAUUUAUUUUUCCUUUUUAGACACUACAGCUACAUCAAUAAAACUUUGUCAUAUGUCCUGUCCAGCAGCUGGUUGUAGCUUCAUAUUCAGAGUACAGACACGAGAAUGGCGUCAAUCAAGGUUUCUAGAGAAUAAGCUCGUAGCUACACUGAUUAAAGGGAAUUUUCCAGUAUUUUUCAACAUGGGCUCUAUGGUUAUAAAUGUGUGCAAAUGAAUGGAGCUUUUGGAAUCAGUCCAGUAAAUCGCCUUCGCCGGCAGCCGUGACACAGCAGCAGUGGGUGCAAUGUAAUCUUAUGGGGUAAAUGCGACUGCACGUCCACCAAAAGCCUCAAUAAAAGUCUCAAAUUGUUAUUCUGGGUCUUCGGUGAGAGUCUGGCAACAUUGCACAUGUCUCGCUCAAUGAGAAAAUCUCACUCUCAAGUCUCGUGGCCUCUUCUGCUGCUUGGCUCUUUUUCUCUUUACCCUCUUUCAGUAUCAAAAUUUGUCCGUAUAAUCCGGCCCAAACAAGUAGCGACAGACAAUGAGAGAUGAAACAUUGUCCAGAAAAAGAUUCAGCCAUAAUUCCAAAGGUUUUUGUAAGCACCAUUCAUUUACACGCCCACAUUUUUUAACAAAGGGCCCAGGUUGAAAAAUGCUGGAAUUCCCCUUUAAAUCAGUAAGUAACAACAGGGACGUUAGUGAAUACAUUAAAGCAGAAAUUCAAAAAUGGUAGAAAGCAAAAAGGUGACGUCUCAAUGGACAAUGAGAUCUGAAAACCCCAGAAUAAUAAUACAACUUUAUCACAUUGAUUUUCCAUCAUGAGGAUUUUUUUGUUUUUCACUACAUUUCUUUUCAGUGGUGGUUGAGAGGUUCGGUCACAGCUGCAGCGAAUGG